CAAUCUUCGCUUUCACAAGCCCCUCUCCCCCAAAAUAAAAGAGUGAACUCUGUGGGCCUAUUUCAAGCAAGCCAACCAUGAUAAUUCAUUCUUAUCUCUACCAGGAGACCCCCCCAACCUCCCCUAAGAAUAUUAAACUUCCUCCAAAGCUCCCAUAGCUCUCAUUAAACCCAUAUCAAGAUCUCAAUUCUCUUCACGUACCAUAUACUCUCUCUCUCUCUCUCUCUCUCUCUUCCAGAUGUGAGAGGCCCUGAAGGAACAUGGGUCAGUGUUAUUCUGCAACAUCAGCAAACGAACAACACUCAGAGGAGGAUUCCAGCUUAAGGAAGAGAUGCCUUGCAAAGGCAAAGGAGCAGAGGUCUCGAUUCUACAUUAUCAGGAGAUGUGUGGUGAUGUUACUGUGCUGGCAUGAGUAUGGUGAAUAUUAGGGUUUGGUCAUUCAUGGUGGAAAUGGUGAACACCCCAGUCAAAGGUGAUAUGAGUUGUUCCAUGGAAGCCAUUUCUUUUUUUCUUCCCAAACAACAUAUUAUUGGCCUUUUUCUGGUUAGAAUUUUGAUAAUACCCAAAUGAAGUCAGAGAGUGAUGAUCAGUACUGUGGGAACAGGAUUUUCACGUGAGAACAGUAUUAAAGGAGAAAAAGGAAAAAGAUCACAGUGGAGAAGAUGGGAGGGCCAAUUGUUUGCAUUUUAUUACUGUAAUUAAGAACCUGUAUUUAGGGUUAGCAGUUCUGGUUUUCCAGAAAGAGGAGAAGAUUUUUAGGGUUUUCUUGCUUCACAAAGUGGUUGCUGGUGCCCUUGGCAAUUAUUUUGAUGGAGAUGAGAAUUGUGGGGGGUUUUCUUUUUUCUUCUCUUUGGGGUUAUGUCUUUCAAUGUCUUUAAUGUGCUUGCACGGGUGACAGGCUGACAGCCCCACCUCCAUUGAAGAUGUUUCUUCAGAUGUAUAUAUGGUAGCCUCCCAACUAUUAGUUGACUAGUCCUCCAGAUGUUCAUCAAUCUUUCUUUGCUUUAGUCCUUUCAUGAAAGACACAAGACUUAAUGAUCUUUUGUUUUCA